AGCUUGCGUCGAGGACCGCGGGCUGUGUAACCGAAUUGAAACCGGAACGCACAUGCCGCCCAAGUGGGCAUGGACACCAGUCCCUCCAUCGCAAGUGAGCCCACUUUGGCAGAUUGCCCCCGACGCAAUCAAGCCCAUCACGUUGUUUUCAGUCAAAUUCAAGCAGCUUGCGUCGUUCGAGUCGUUGCAAUUGUCAACACCACAAGGAUCUGCACCGCCGACGCCGCUUCCAUUCCCAUUAGCGACGGUUGUCGUUGUCGAUGGCUCCAUCAACCGCAUGCGGAGUCUUCGCGGCAUCGAAGCCUUUCCCAACGUUCGAGAACUGCUCCUGUCGCUCAACCAGCUCUCUACACUGCCAUCUCUCCACCACCUCGAGCUCCUGCGAGUGCUGCAUGUCGGAAAUAAUUACCUGACGUCGCUGUCGUGGAUUUGGCAUCCCAAUGUGCUCGUGCAUUUGAAUGUCAGUGGCAACGAGAUCACUACCUUGGACGGCAUCGCAGUUUGUAGCGGCAAUUUGCAAAUCCUCAACGUGAGCGAGAAUAAGCUGGCUUCGCUGGACGGGGUCCAGCACUUGAUCCACCUGCGCGAGCUUUGGGCCCAAGCCAACCACAUUCAAGACGCGGGAGUAGCUCAUGCCAUGCCACUUAGCCGCUUGCAAAUCCUGUCGUUGGGGCAAAAUCAGUUGGCGAAUCUGGACGCGGUAGCACAUGUCGUCAUGACGCUGCCUUCCUUGGAGAAUAUCAGCUUUCUCGACAACCCAGUGACCCAGUGUGAAGCGUAUCGGAUGCGGCUGUGUCAGCAUCCUGGUUUACGCGUCGUCGACAGCAAAACGAUCACUGUAGCCAUGCGGCAGAGCUUUGACCGCCUGCGAAACAUGAAGGACGUCGACAAGUUGGUGGAGCACACGACAAUCGAAUACCUCGCCCACAUCGACGCUCAGAAGCACGUCCUGGACGAAGGCAUCCGCGUCCACCGCGCAAGAGAACAAAGAAUGUUCGAUGCAUAUACCCGCUACAAGCACAGCACAGAACGAGAGCUGGAAGACUGCGUGCAAUUCGCACACGUGCUGACGACCCGGAAUCGGACGGGGUACUUAAUGUCGAAUGCAGGGCUUGAGGUGAGCGUCCCUUUUGAAAAAAUGGCCAACGCCUGUUCUGAAGGAGUGGAAGCGCCAGCUACAGAAGCUACAAGCGUCGUCAGCAUGCCCUGCCACAAACGGCCCGAGUCUAGAGCGGCGGCCACCAGCGCCUUCGUUGGCUUUGCAACACGAAGCUCCGCAUACUUGGAGAAAUGUCAAAGCCAUCGAGCUGAGCCAACGAGAGGGUGAAGGACGCGUGACAGCAACGACGGCAUCUUUGCCCACGUCGGCGCAUUAUCGUCGCAAGCAAGUGGAGCAGGAUAACAGGGUCGAAGCAGCACUCGCCUUGGCCAACGAGUUGAAGGUCGAUGCCGUGCCAGAGAUGCAGGCGGCAGUCCAUCGAUUGCGCUCAAAACACCAAACCGUUGUGCACGAAAGAGAGACCGCAGCGACUGCAAUUCAAACGGCGUGGCGUCGGCGACGUCAGGCACGCACAGCGCGUACACAGAAGCCAAUUGGAAGCGUUGCCGCAGUAGUCGCUGAAGCAGCUGCAACUGCAGCCCCCCAUAGAUUUAAAUUUUCCCUCUGGCGACGGAGUAAGCGGUAACACUACAACGAACGAGUUACAACCA